AUGACCACCACUAUUCACAAUACAUCGCAAUUGAAGAACUUGCCUGAUGUACAGACCCGUGCUCUACUUUAUGCUUUUUCCGUGCUUGACGAUGAAAGUAAUGACGGAAAAGCCAACCAUAGCCAAAUAUCUGUGAUUUGCCAAAGCAUAGAGAGUGAAUUCCGCACUGGUUUCCCCUUCGAUCGCUUAUAUAAUUACGCUGAUGAUCAGAAACGAUAUGAUUUCCUCAGUUUGAAGAAAUAUUUAGAAGAAUGCUGCCUGGAUCGAAUUCCGCAUUUCGAUGAUAGCAAGUUCUAUAAAGUUUGCUGGGAUUUCUAUCGUAAUCAUGAUAAAUCUGACCACAAUGUGACAAAACUUAAGGCGGAUCAGUUAUUUAAAUUGUGGCAAAUUUGCAAUGUCAUCAAUGAUCAAACGAAUUGCACCACUAUUGCUAUGGUUGAUCUUGUUCCUGUCUUUCAGAAAAUUGCUCGCACCCUCGGUGUGCAAUGGAAUGCCGAUGAAUUUUAUUUGCAUCCUCGUCGAGCUGAUUUCUGGAAAGUGAUUGAUGAAUUUGGAUGUGGUUUAUUUGUUAGCGUUGAUGAUGAAUUAAUCGAAGAAAUUGUCUGCAAUCUUUAUGACUUUUACGUCUUAAAUAUUAUUAAAGUUGGCUUUCUAAGCAAGAGAGGUCAUCGUAUGACUAGUAUUAGAGAUCGUUAUUUCAUCUUGAAGCACAAUGUCCUAGAAUAUUAUACUGAAAACUUGAGGGAAAAGAGAGGAAGUAUUGCAAUCAAUCAGUAUACUACUGUGGAAUCCAAACCAGCUGAAGGAGGGAAAUAUUGGUUUGCUGUGACUGACAACAAUACUGGAAUUGUUUAUGAUAUUUAUGCCGUGAGUUAUCGAUUAAAGAUAGAUUGGAUAUAUGCAAUUCAAACUGCUAUCGCAGCGAAUCAAAAAAAGAAACUACCAGCUCAGAUCCAUAUUGAACUCGAUCGCGAAAUGGCUCGUGGCAAAUUGUCUGCUUUGCAGUUGAAGGAAAUUCAAGCUAAAUACAAAGCUUUACUGACAGUACAAACUGAUCUUGCAAUGGAAAGUGUUGCACGUGCUGUUGCUGAAGUAAAUCUCAUAGAAGCUGAAGAGCAACGCGAAUUAGCUGAGAAGCAAUUGCAUGCUGAGCGAGAAAUACGACUUAAGGCUGAGGAGGAAAAUCAAGAGCAUAAACAAAGAUUAGACAGCCACGCCAAAGAAAUACAAGCAUUACAGGAAUCCAACGUUGAAAAACAGGCAAAAUUAGCUCGUGAGCAAAAGAAAAGUGAAGAAUUACUACAAAAGAAGUUAGUCAAUGAAGAAAUGCUACGGCGAAUGGAAGCAGAAAAGACGGAUUUAGAACAGGCUGUUGCUGAACACCAGGGUUUACUAAAGAUAAAAACUGAGGAACUAAAGAAAAUACAAGAAGAGCAAGAAUCUCGACUUCGGGAAGAGAAAGAAUUAAAGGAAAAGCUAGAAGUAAUAACAGAUGCCAAAGAGAAAAGGAAAAGUUUUCUUCAACUUGCAAACCUAGAAGAAGAAUAUAAAAAUGGUAAUACAUUAUUAAAAAAGACCGAAAACGAUAUCCAAGGAUUAAAGACGAAAGGAACUCAUUUAAAUACGAAAAUUAAAGAUUUGAGAAAUAAAAUUUCCUCCGUGGAAGAUCUUAGAUUGACUCAUCGUGGAUAUUAUGCUGUAGGGCCGGCACCAGUUCCAAAGCCUCGAACAGAUCUUGAAAAGAAUGGGCUUAAAUCAUAA